GCUGGCAGGGAGGGCAGCCCGGAGGGCAGCGGCCCGGGCCCGCGUGCGCAGCCUCUCUCGCUCUCCAGCAGCGCGCCGGCUGUGCCCCGGCCCCGCACGGCACGCAGCCAUGGUGGGCCGGCUGAGCCUGCAGGAUGUCCCCGAGCUCGUGGACACGAAGAAGAAGGGCGACGGCGUCCUGGACAGCCCGGACUCGGGGCUGCCCCCAAGUCCUAGCCCCAGCCAUUGGGGACUCGCGGCGGCGGCGGGCGGAGGUGGGGAGCGCGCUCCGGUCCCGGGGGCGCUGGAGUCCGACGCGGCGGCGACCCCCGCGAUCCCGAACCCAGCCUCUCUGACCCACUUGCUGGCUGCCGGCUGCUCACCACGACUCUGUCCCCUGUCCUUCGGCGAAGGAGUUGAGUUUGACCCCUUACCACCAAAGGAAAUAAAGUAUACUUCCUCAGUCAAGUAUGACUCUGAGCGACACUUCAUCGAUGACGUGCAGAUGCCGCUGGGCCUGGCGCUGGCUUCCUGCAGCCAGACAGUCACCUGUAUCCCCAAUUGCACUUGGCGAAACUAUAAGGCUGAAGUCCGCUUCCAGCCCCGCCACAAGCCCGCACGCUUCCUCAGCACCACCAUCAUCUACCCCAAGUACCCCAAGACCAUCUACACCACCACUUUGGAUUACAACUGCCACAAGAAGCUGCGGAGGUUUCUGUCCAGCGUGGAGCUCGAGGCCACGGAGUUCCUGGGUAGUGACGGGCCCUCAGAUGGAUGCUGACCACAGCUAGCUACGUGGGGUUGGACCAGCUGGUCAUACACUGCCCUGGUCCCAGAGCGCCCUGGACGGGUGGGGAGCAGUGCUCUUGCACAUCACCCCAGCCCAGCGGAGUCUAACCUGGAGAUGCCUCCAAGCCUAGCCGGGCCAAGAAGAUGCUUUAAAAAUCACUGCAUCUUGUAAUAAUAGAGAAACUCAGCUUCGUUUAAAAUUUUUCCAGAUACUUUUUUUUUUUUUUUAAGGAGCAUGUAUGUAUGUAUGUUCUGGUUGGUUGAUGCAGUUUCCCCAAAGUCUCAGUUGGAUGAGGAAAAAAAAGAUAGGCAGAAACAAAAAGAAAGGACAGUGACAUCAGGGCAGGCUGAGGUGAGCUGGUCCUCCCAUUUUCUGAUGAAGAAAGUCGGAAAGUCUCUGGAAUAGAGAAAGUGAGUUAAGACAUGUUUAUUGCUGGGGGAGAAAAAGUUAACCCAGGUAGAUUGUGACGCUGGUGUGUGCUCAGUCUGACCUGGACCAUUUUCUGUUUCCGCUUCUGUUUGUUUUCCCUGUUAAUCCAAAGUCUUAGGUUUAUCAAAACUCUUUUUCGUGAUAUUAGGGGAGAAGAACAAAAACCACAAAAAGAGAUUCUUUAAAACAUGAACUCUCUGCCUGCUGUGCCUCUGCCGGGGGUAAGCAGCUGGCCCGCCCAGCGCACCACAGCCGCCUGGUUCCCGAUGGCUGGUUCCCGGCACAGGCUCUGGGCAGCCCUCGCAUGCCUGGCAUCCGGUAAACACCUCCCUGGGCUUGUGUAACUCUGCUCAUAGGUAUUUUGGAGUUUUGAAAUACUUUCCCAUUUUUUCACAAGGCAAAAUGCAGCAGAGGGAUCUCUCUGAGAGGAACAGCAUUUUGAAAGCAUACUUUGUUAAAACACGUUUUGGGGGUGCGUUGUGGGAAAGGUUUCCACUGUGGGCUGCCGCUGCCGAUAGGAAGAGGCAGAUUUGGAUGUGACUCGGAUCAUUGUGAUUAAAUGAUGGACUUAUUCUUAGGACUUUGAUAGUGUCAAAACUGGGAGGAACAGGGUUAAACCCAAAAAAGCAAGAAACAGUGCUUACAGUGCUUAAGCUAAGAUGAAUUCAGGAACAGGGAGUGACAAUUCAAACCCCACAACCUUGCCACUGUGGUGAUGGGAGACGGUUCUUUUGUACGACUGUAUGCUUGGAAGUGGCUAUCAUGGAGUCGGGCUUGACUCAAAGGUUUUUCCUAGCCAACUUCGAGAGUCUGGCUGAACCAGCUACAGCAGCAGGCACAGCCCUGGCCCCGAGGGUGGUAUGCACCAGGCUGGCCCCUGCUUCCCUGCCCCUACCCCAGGCCUGGCCCUUGCUUCCUAGAACCCCCUGCCAGGCCACAGUGCGGAGUAAAGGAAGCGGCAGGCUGAUUCUUAUUCCAGCAUUGGAAAGAACAAGCCGUACACAUUUCCUUUUGACACAUCCAAAUCAUGUCGAGUGGGUGCCAGAGGUUCUGCCUUCUGUCGGAUCUCUGGGUCUCUGAGGAGGCUUCCGUCUGUCCCUGAAGCAGAGCUGAGAGCACACUGGCUUGCCUGGAGCCACAGCGGAGACCUGGCAUCAUGGAAAACAGGUGCAGAGAUAACGCUUUCAUUUAAAGACUGCGGUGCUGUUUAGAGCCACACGCCCAGUCCUGGCCCCCGAGGACAACAGUGCCUGGUUGGUGGUACUUUUAGCUCAUACCCCUGGGCAUACAGGUGCUGGCUUCGUGGUCCCAGCUGGCCAGGGUACAACUCAGUCGGGGACACGCUGGGAUCCUACAAGCUCCCCAGGCAAACUCAGAGCAACAAAUGCUCCUUGGCUUUGGAAAAACAUUUAUUGGCAAAAGUGGAUUUUCUGUCUGACUUCAUAAUGUCACUGAAGCAGCAAAUAUAAUUUUUUUUUUUUUUUUUUUUGCAAAUACAGUUUUAAAUUGGGAAAAUCACCAAGGCUGCCCCUUUGGAGACACUUGCUUAGGCUAGGAGUUCUGUCAUGGCCAGCAUGGCAGGAGAAAAUGUCUCUGAACACAGCAGCGUUUUAAAGGUGUCCUUAAAUUUUUUAUUUUAUUUUAUUUUUUAUUGUUUUUCUGUCUUAGAGGGAUCGUGGUAAGUUCAGGCAGAACGUUCUAGGUGCAGGUGGGACCAGAACAGUAUCAGUAAGUAGAAGCAAGAGGCUGUGGAGGUCUGAGGUGGACAGGAGGCAGGCUUACGCCGUUAGGUUAUUAUUCACUGAGAGACAGCUCAAUGCAGCUGUUUGAAUCUUCUCUGAUUCUUCAAAUCUGCCUAGAAAGCUGCAGGCCGGGAAGCUGGCCAGCACCCUGGAAGACCCAGAGCAGAUUCCUGAUAGCUGGUAAAUUGAAAGAAGAGAUUUUCAAAACUCACUGACGGGACAUUCCUAUGUGUGUGAGAGACGGGCUGGUUCACUGUGAAGCUUUUGCUCCCAUCUCUUUAAGUUAUGGCUGUUGAGAGGAUGUGUGUUUCUAGAGAAAGGUGGUUUUCCUUUCACACAUCUAAGAAAGACUUCACUUGAACACGGAUCUUUUCAUUUGACACUUUUCCUUCUUUUAAAACUUAGAAAAUACUUCAUACACACCAAAAGAAAAAAAAAUGUUUAAAAAUUAUCCUUGAUUUCUGUCCCGCUCUAUUUUUGCUUUGUGACUUCUCCAUUUAACAAUAAAUUAUCUAAUACAGAAA